UUUGUCUCCAACAGCUCUUUCUCUCUCCCUCUCAACGUUUUGAUCAUCUCGGAAACCAUUUCAAAUUCAAAACCUAUAGUUUGAUUAUCCGUAUCUUUUAAUCUCAUAUUCCGCACUCUCUUGUCAGGGAUAACUUUCAACCAAUUCUCCCAAAGGUUCUUGCACAGUCGACGAUUUUUCUUGGUGGGCUGUGUUGUCUGGGCGUUGAAAUUCAAUCUAUGUACUUAUACCUUUGUGUGAAGUAGGAAGAUCGGAGAAGAUGAUCGAAGGAAGAGUGUCUUUGAUUGGAACAUCGUUUGGUGGUACGGUGGCUAUAAAGAGUGGCUAUUUUCUAUCUUGACCCUUGGAUGUUUUCUAGGUUUGAUUAGGGUUUCUGGCAGGUGUGAUUCACAGAAGUAUAGAAAGCAGUAUGGUUGCAAAAGACCGUCAACAUGCUACCAGCUCUCCUAAUCCUAAAGCAGAGGUGGGAGAGAUAGACACCAGUGCGCCAUUUCAAUCCGUUAAAGAUGCUGUCACCCUAUUCGGUGAAGGCGCUUUCUCAGGCGAAAAACCUGCCAUUAAAAAGGCAAAACCUCAGUCAGCAGAGAGAAUACUGGCCAAGGAGACACGGCUUCACCUGGCUCAGAAAGAGCUAAAGAAGUUGAAGGAACAAAUAGAGAAUGCUGAGACUACAAAAGUGCAAGCCCUUGUAGAGCUUGAAAAGGCUAAAACAACAGUUGAGGGUUUGAGUCAGAAGAUGAAUUCACUUAGUGAAUCCAAGGAAACAGCCAUCAAAGCAACAGAAGCCGCAAAGCAGCUAGAAGAAGCAAGCUCUGACAACCCUAUUGGAACUAGUGGUGCUUGGAAACAAGACUUAGAAAGCACAAGAGAGCAGUACAUGACAGUCAUUACUGAACUUGAUGCUGCGAAGCAAGAGUUAAGGAUAAUCCAUCAGGACCGUGAUGCUUUCUUGGAAGCAAAAGUUGCUUCCUUCAAGCGAGCAGCAGAAGCCAAAGAUGCAGCCAAAGCAAACAUGGAGAAGGCUGAUGAGCUCUCCAAAGAAAUUUCAAUUGUGCAGGAAUCGAUUGAGCAAGUGAAGCUUGCCACUUCAGAAGCUCAGCAAGAGCAAGCAAAGAUAUUUGCUGAAAAGGAUGUUCAGAGACAGUCAUAUAAAGCUAACCUGGAAGAAUCAGCAAAGAAAUUGCUUUCUUUGAAGAAGGAGUUGGAUCCUGAAAUUACCAGAAAUCUUGAAGUCCAGCUGGCUGACACAGUGAAUGAAAUUGGGGCUCUACAAAAGCAAAUGGAAAAUGCAAAGGCUUCAGAUUUAGAGUCUGUAAAAACUGUCACUUCAGAGCUGGAUGAUGCUAAGGAGUCACUACAGAAGGUUGCAGAAGAGGAAACCUCCCUGCGAAGCUUGGUGGAAUCUCUCAAGGUAGAACUGGAUAAAGUGAAGAAGGAGCAUGCUGAGUUGAAGGCAAAGGAGGCAGAAACAGAGUCCAUUGCUGGGAAUUUGCAUGUCAAGCUCCGGAAAGUUAAGUCUGAGCUUGAGGCAUGCAUGGUGGACGAAUUUAAAGCGAGAGGGACGUCUGAGGAUCUGGUCUCCACACUUAACCAGCUUUCCCUAGAAACUGAAAGUGCAAGGCAAGAAGCAGAAGAGAUGAAGACUAAAGCAGAGAAGUUGAAGAAAGAAACCGAAGCUACCAAACUUGCAUUAGAAGAAGCAGAAAAUGAGCUGAGAGUUGCUCUGGAAGAAGCCGAAGAAGCAAAAGCAGCAGAGGCAAGGGCCCUUGAUCAGAUUAAAGACUUGUCUGAGAGAACAAAUGCUGCACGUGCCUCAACUUCUGAGUCUGGUGCCAAUAUCACAAUAUCAAGGGAAGAAUUCGAGUCUUUGAGUCGUAAAGUUGAGGAGUCAGACACAUUAUCAGAUAUGAAAGUUGCUGCUGCCAUGGCUCAGGUAGAAGCUGUGAAGGCUAGUGAAAAUGAGGCCCUCAAGAGGUUAGAGGUAACUCAGAAAGAGAUCGAGGAUAUGAAGGCUGCAACUGAGGCAGCUUUUAAGAGGGCAGAGAUGGCUGAAGCAGCCAAGAAAGCAGUGGAGGGAGAGCUCCGGAGGUGGCGUGAACGAGAACAAAAGAAGGCAGCUGAAGCUGCAUCUCGGAUUUUGGCAGAAACAGAGAAGAAGUCAGAAUCAUCCCCUAUCCACUAUAGGCUUCAAAAGCAGAACCCACCAGCAAAUAUUAUCCGUACUCAGAAAUUGGAGAAGGAGAAAACGUUUUCAAAGAAAGUACUUCUGCCUAAUAUCAGCAGCAUUUUUAACAGGAGAAAGAACCAGAUUGAGGGUGCAUCUCCCUCAUACUUGCCUGGUGAGAAACCUGUGUGAUUUGUGUUUUCACUAGAACUUUUGUACGAAUAGAAAUGGUUGAGAGAGGAACUUGUUUGAUUGUGUGUAUAUUUGAGAUCCAAGGGUAUCAAAUUGUCAUGCUCUAGUCUAUUUUGAGAGGAAAGAGUGAACUCUCAAAAGAUGGCUUGGUAGCGACUUCUAAGAAGUGUGAUUCUGUAUAUGAGACAAGCUAUUAGAUUAUUCACUAGAAACUUUCCGUUAGAAA